AUGGAGCUUAAAAAUCAUCAAUCUGAUUGUGAUGUUAUUUUCUUAUCAUCUCUUAUCAUUCAUUCACAUCAAACAUUAUCGACCCAAGCAAACCAAACAUCUGUAAAAUUGCCAUCAAAUAUUAGUCUUGGAAACAUCAAUGUGAACAUUACUUUAGAUUCAAAUGAUCAAAAAGAUGAUCCAUCAAGAUAUGAUAAGAGAGUAUCAGCAUUGGUAUUUAGUGGAUCAAGUGAAUUUUUAGAAAGUUCUAUUACAAUUGGACAAAACUCUAUUCCUAUCAUUCUUGAUACUUCGUCUCAUCAUUUUUUAAUUGCCAAAAAGAAGUGUACUGGAUGUACUCAAUUCCCUCCCUUUUACAAAAAAUCGCCUGUUGGUGAAUUUGUUCAAUGUGAUUCUCAACUAUGCCAUUUAAAUGGAAAUACUUGUGAAAAGCCAAACAAAUUUACUUCGCCAACUUGUGUUUUAACAACCAACAUUGAAACUGCAGCAAUUAGAGCCUAUCUCAUCAGUGAUAUGGUAUCAGUCGAUAAUUUUAAGAAUAUUCCUGUUAUCAUCUCUGCCAUUUAUAGACAAACCGGUGAUUUACCAAACAAGCUAACUAAACCUAUUUUUGGUGUUGGCCCAAGUUGUCAAGGAUGUCCAGUAAGUCAAUUAAACUCAAUAUUGACAACUCUAAAAAGACCAUAUAUCUUUGGAGUAUCACUUGAUAGAAAUUAUUUUGGAGGUAUUUCAUUGGGAUCUAUUAACCCAUUAUUUUAUACUCAUCAAUUAAACUAUACUACUAUGGUUAAACAACGUGCAUCCUAUUCUAUUCAACCAUAUUCUAUGAUUUCAGAAUGGAAUGGUCAUUCGCUCAAUAUCAGUUACACUGAUUUCAACAUGUUUACCAUUGAAACAACAUUGCCACUUUCGUAUUUACCAACAGCAGCAUUCAACAAGUUUACUAAAUUCCUUUCUGAUUAUUGUCAAGCUAAAAAUGCAGCAACAACAACUUCAACCACUUCUACAGGAACAUCCCCUUCUAAUCCAACAUCAACAACAACCAAUGGAUCAACAGGAGGAUUACCAGCCAACAAUCCCAAAGUACCAGCCUCUACCUCUUCAUCCCCUUUAUCACCUUCAGCUUCAACCACCACCAACAACAACAAUGUGAAACCAUCUCCAUCAAUUUGUUCAAGUUUAAAUGUUUUAUUUUCCAAUUGUUUACCAUCCUCCAUGUUAUCACCAGAUCAAUUCCCAACGAUUGAUUUACAUUUUCCAGAAAACUUUACGUUGUCCCUCAAACCAUCAAAUUACUUUUACACGAUUUCUCGUGAUAACAUUGUCUACCAAUGUAUUGGAAUUCAAGAAACAAAAGAUACUCAUGCUACAUUUGGUUUAAAUCUAAUGAGAGAGCUAUACAUAGUUUUUGAUAAUGAUAGAAGUGUAAUUGGAUUUGUUAUUUAA